AUGGCGCCCUCAGCAACGGGCGAGAUUCCGCCUCUACCCGCGCCCCCGGAGAGAACAUAUCCACCAGCGAAAAUCUUCCCGGUGAAGGAAGCCAAGUUCGAGAAGCCAAUUCCGGUGCUGCACGAUGGACGGGAGAAGGCAAUGGCGCAGUCGUCUGGGGGUGCGGCUAUCGUCAUCGACAACGGCUCUUCGGCCGUCCGCGCCGGAUGGUCGUUUGAGGAAAAUCCACGGUUGAUCAUCCCCCCGAUCAUGUCCAAGUACCGCGACCGAAAAGCCGGGAAGACGUACUCUUUCGCCGGCAGCGAUUGCUACGCCGACACGACGGCGAGGAGCCACAUUCGAUAUGCGCACGAGCAAGGGACGGGCAUAGUCAGCAACUGGGAUGUCAUGGAACAUGUUCUCGAUUACAUAUUUCUCAAGCUCGGCAUGAACGGCGACGAUGCGUCCAUAGACUUACCCAUCGUCAUGACAGAGGCCGUGGCUAACCUGCCCUACUCCCGGAAAUCAAUGACGGAAAUCAUAUUUGAGUGUUACGGUGCUCCAUCACUGGCGUACGGUAUCGAUUCGCUCUUCUCUUACGCACACAACAAGGGAAAGACGGGCAUAGUGGUGUCGUCAUCCUACACUUCCACGCAUAUAAUACCCGUUUACAACCACAAGGCGGUGCUGAACCAAGCCACGAGGCUCAACUGGGGAGGAUGGCAUGCAGCAGAGUAUCUUCUGAAGCUGAUCCGGCUGAAAUACCCCGCCUUCACGGGGAAGCUCAACGUAUCGCAGGCUGAGCAUAUGCUUCGCGACCACGCAUACGUCUCGACAGACUACGACAACGAACUGCGGAGCUAUUUAGACUGGACCGGACUCGAAGAUCGGGACAUCGUCAUUCAGUACCCCUUCACGGAAGAAGUUAUUGUGCAGAAAACCGAGGAGGAGCUGGCACGUAUCGCCGAGCGAAAAAAGGAGAGCGGUAGGCGCCUGCAGGAGCAAGCGGCAAAGAUGCGUCUGGAGAAGCUCAUGCGCAAGGAGAACGAGCUCGAAUCACUAAAGAAGCUCCAAGCGAAGCUGGAGCAGCAGACCAACAAGAAGGAGGUCAGGCGGCUUUUGGACAGCAAUGAUCUCAAAGACGAAGCAGCGCUGGAAAGAGCCAUCGCGACCUUGGAGAAGGCGGUAAAGAAGGCACGGACCAAGGAUGUCGGCGGCGACCCCGCCGAGGAGCAGCAGGAGCCGGUGUUUGACCUCUUGGACGUGCCGGAUGAGGAGCUCGACGAGGCUGGUAUCAAGGCAAAACGCCAACAGAAACUCAUGAAGUCCAAUCACGAUGCGCGCGCGCGCGCCAAGGCUGAGAAGGAGGCUGAGAAGGCCCGCAUCGAAGAGGAGAAGCGGCUGGAUGAGGAGCGCCGGGAGAACGACCUCGAGGGCUGGCUUGAGGAGAGACGUCAGGCGCGCGCCGUCACGCUGCAAAAGAUGAAGGAGCGCGAGCGCCUCAAGCAGGACCUCGGCAACCGCAAGUCGCUCGCGUCGCAGAUCCGCAUGAAGAGCAUCGCGAACCUCGCCUCGGACAAUCCGACCAAGAAGCGCCGGCGCGGUGGUGACGACGACACCUUCGGCGCCAACGACGACGACUGGGGUGUGUACCGCCAGAUCACGGUCGGCGACAACAGCGACGACGAGCAGGAGGAGGAGAACCUCGAGGCGAACCUCAAGACUUACGAGGAGGACCUGCUCCGUUACGACCCGGAGUUCACGUACGAGGACACACACGAGGCGCAGACGGACUGGUCCAAGUCGAUGCUGCACGCCUUCGCGCGCGGCCCGCGGCCGUUCGACGCCGGCUCCCAAGCCGAGCUCAACCAGAUCCACCUCAACGUCGAGCGCAUCCGCGUUCCCGAGGUCGUGUUCCAGCCGUCCGUCGCCGGGGUCGACCAGGGGGGCCUCGUCGAGAUCAUCGGGGACAUACUCAAUCAGCGCCUCGGCGGCGUCCCCGACCGCGACGACUUCCUCAAGGACAUAUUCCUCACUGGCGGCAACACCCUCUUCCGCGGCUUCGACGAGCGCCUCCGCCAGGGCCUCAGGCCGCUGCUCCCCGCCGACUCGCCGCUCGCCAUCCGCCGCGCCCAGGACGCCCUGCUCGACGCGUGGAGGGGCGCCGCCGGCUGGGCGGGCUCGUCCGCGUGGAAGGCCGCCACCAUCACGCGGGAGGAGUACCAGGAGAAGGGAUCCGAGUACAUCAAGGAGCACGACCUAGGCAACAUGUCGUAUGUAUGA